AUGCCCCGGUAAAUGUUGGCAUCAGUUUUAUUCGAGCAUUCAAAAUGAGAGGAUCACUCCAAAUUACCUUGAGUAUAUUUGUGUUCGUCUUUGCUAGUAACGUGAUCGCGUCAAACGAAAAAGUACAAGUUACAAUUUGCGAUGGUACUUUAGAAGGAUUGGUUUUGAAUAACUACGAUGGCAAACAAUUCUAUGGUUUUAAACAAAUUCCAUAUGCUGAACCACCAGUGGGCGAUUAUCGUUUUAAGCGCGCAGAAAAAAAUAAACCAUGGAAAGGCAUUUUAGAUGCCACCCAAGAAAUGCCCUUUUGUAGGCAACCAAAUCAUGCAGAAACUGAAGAAAUUGGUGAAGAAGAUUGUUUAUAUCUGAACGUAUUCACAAAUUCGAUUAAUAGUAGUGCACUAAAGCCUGUGAUGAUAUAUAUUCACGGCGGCAAAUUUACUCAAGGAACCGGUAGUGAAAUAAAACCAGAAUUUAUCAUGACACAAGAUAUUGUUUUUGUGACAAUUAAUUACCGCCUUGGUGUCUACGGUUUUAUAAACACCGUAAAUUCACAUACUCAAGGUGGUAUGGAAGAGAUUGGCAACAAUGGCUUCAAAGAUCAAGUGCUUGCUUUUAAGUGGGUGCAAAAAAAUAUUAAAUAUUUUAAUGGCAAUCCAAAUCAAGUUACAAUCUGCGGUGAAAGUGCAGGCGGAAUGUCAGUACAUAGCCAUUUGCUAUCACCCUUAUCAGUUGGCUUGUUCCAACGUGCAAUCGCAAUGAGCGGAACUUCUACUAUGGUUAUGGUGCCCACUAAAAAUAACACAGCCACUGAUAUUGCAAAAUAUCUAGGUUUUAAUACGACUGAUACAACUGAAAUGAUGAAUGCGUUACGUCAAGCAUCAAAUGCUGAUUUGUUCAAAGCUGCAAAAGAUUUAAAAUGGUUUGAGAUUCAACUCAACGAACCCUGUUUAACAUCUUUGGUAAUUGAAAAACCAGGCGCUAAUAGCUUUAUUUCUGACUACCCAAUGAAUCUAAUCAAAUCAGGAACAUAUUCCAAAGUUCCACUCAUGCUUGGUUCAACAAACAGAGAGGGUCUUCUUAUCUACAGCUUAGACCAAGAGAAUAUAAAAGAUUUAGCAACGCACAUACCGUUUUUCUUUGAUGCAAAACAAGAAGCACGCCAGAAAAUUGAGCAAUUUUAUAACUAUACAACAGCGCCAAGCAAUGAUAGUAUCAUUGAUCUGUAUACAGACAUUUGGUUCAAGUACAAUGCAUUUAGAACAACUCGGGAACAUGCUAAAGUACAACCUAACGACGACGUAUUUUAUUAUGAAUUUGCUGGAGAUGCGGGAUUAAACUUUUUGAAGAAGCAAAUGCCCGAGGUCUCUGAUUUUCAUGGUGCAUGUCAUGCUGACGAGUUAGGCUACUUAUUCAACUGUGCUGGAGUGCCGGAGAAAGGUUCGUUAGAAGAAAAGAUGAUGCGGGACCUUGUCAAAAUGUGGUCAAAUUUUGUAAAAACUGGGCGCCCUCUUGAAAAUUUACAACCUUUUACGGAGAAUCAACAUAAUUUUGUAAACAUUACUAAUUGUGGAUUACACAUUGGAGUAAUAGAAGAGAAAUCAUUUGAUUUUUGGGACAAUAUGUAUAAAGUUCAUAGCAAUGGACUAUACUAAAUCACAGAAAAAAACACUUGUUGGCAAUAUAAUACCACAAUGUAAACAAAUAAAACGGUUAAAUAGA